CAAAAAUGGGGCCAGAGAUUUCUCCAGAUCCACUAAGACCAAGCUGAAGCCGCCUGGGAAGAAAGAGCAUGAAGACGCCGCCGUUCCCGAUAACUCCCUUGACCGUCUUCUUCUCGUUCACUCCGAACUCUCCUCCAUCGUCGGACAGAUCGAUGAACUUGUUGUGCAAGCACUACAGAGCAAGAAAGAAAUGAAGGAAAUCAACUCUUUUGCAGAUUUCCUGUCUGAAAUGCAAGCAUCUUUGAAGCAAUGGGUUCCUAGAUUCCAGAAAUCACUUUCUGACCCUUCUGGCUCUGAAAACAUGCCAGAACCGCCACCGCCUACAAGUAACAAAGUUGCAGACAGUCCUGAGCAGUAUAAAUGGGACUCAUUGGUUUGUUCAUCACCACUAGUUUCUUGGCGUGGAGAUUGCAUUUCUGAAUGUGAAAGACAACUCUUUCUCCUUACCCCUUUGCAUCAACAACCUAAUGGAUUUUUAUCCAAACUCAAGGAAUCAUCUAAACCGGGAUUUGAGGAGAUUAGAACGGAGCAAAUAGCUCAGAUGCCCUCAGUUUUUGAAGAAAUCCUGGACGUGGGCAACAAUAAUAUGCUUGGUAGUGUGAAACCAGAGAAGUCCUACAUACUAAUGACCCCUUGCUUGAAAGUAUCACCACCCAAGUCAUGUGUAGUGCUUGAACCUGUGUCGGAAUAUCGUAAAGGCAGUCUUAAGUUUCGUAAAUCAACUCCAUAUCCAGUUGCAGUGGAGUCCUCAGAUGGAUCUCAAGAUUCAGAACCCUCGGAUGAUCUUAAUGUGAAAUAUCCCGAACUCUUUGGGAUUAAACUGGGAAAUAAGUUUGAGAACAGAUGGAAGUUAGCCGAAGAAUCACCAAAGUGGUCUCCUCCCAAAACAUGUGCUCUCUUGAAACCACAAGAGGAUGCUGCACCCAGAGACUGUUCGGUUCCAUUAACUGCUCCCAAUCCUAAUCAGAAAAACUUGUUGCCGAGGAGCAAUAAUGCCCGAGUUGGUAGAGUGUGUGAAUUUGUUGAAAGCUGCACUCCCAUGGCAAAAGAACCCGAGAGCUGUAUUAAGACAGGGAAACAACGUCAUCAUCCGGGUGAGAACACUUUGAAGAGAGAACUGUGGACCAAGUUUGAAGCAGCGUCUACACGUGCAACGUGCUUUGAUCCAUUGCCUGCUAUGCAGAAGAUGAAUCUGCAUAAGGGGUUUUUGGACAGGCUGGAUGAGGCUUCUUCUGAUGAAUGAAGGGUGAAAAAAUGUUAAUUGGGACAAAAUUGUAAAAUUGUUUAAAAUAAAAAAUAUGUAGAAUACUA